AUGCCCACCACUGUUAAAGAGAUUUCAGUUUUUGGCUUUGGUUCCAAAGCAGCCAAUCGUCGUUCACCAGUUGGGCCUUGCUGCCAGCCGAUUGGGCGCAGGGGCCAGAAGCAAUCAAGCUCUGGGGAUCUGAGGACCCUUAGGAAAGGGUUAUCCCCAUACCACUCUGAGUCUCAGCUGUCGUCAUUGCCGCAGUAUCAGGAUGCCAUGCAAAAUGGCCCUUUUCGCAUGACUCCUGAUUUUGCUGCAUCUCCUGCAGUUGGGUAUAUUCCCCUAAGCCAGAAACCUGAAGCAGUGGUACAUGCUAUGAAGGUCCUUGAAGUCCAUGAAAAUUUGGACAGGCAGAUACAAGAAAACUAUGAAGAAGACCUGAGUGAAAAGGAGAAAGCAAUUGUUCGUGAAAUGUGCAAUGUUGUCUGGCGAAAACUAGGUGAUGCAGCAAGCUCCAAACCAUCGAUCAGGCAACAUCUUUCAGGAAACCAGUUCAAGGGUCCUUUAUAAGCAUCUCAAGCUGCAAGACUGGAAGUGAAAAGUAUCAGAGGCACAGGAACUUCCCUGCUUCUGGCUGCCAGCAUUAUCCUUUCCCCACAUUUCCUAUAACUGUGUUGAUAGUGUAAAUAAGGCAGCUAAAGGCCUAGCUUAUGGGCUGUCCUGAUCCAGAACAAUGAUACGUGGGUUAAUGACUACCCUUCUGGCCAAUCUCUGUCAUUUGUAUUGUAAUGAAAUCCCCACUUUCCUAUAUGGUCAUAGAUACAUACUUGACCCCCAAUAAUUUCUAGAGAGAGUAUCAGAAAAGAACUCUGAGCAGUUCCACCGCCUUAUUUUAGCCUACUCAUGGAAUUGCAUGGCAGUAGUGGCUGCCCAAAGCAGUCUUCCUCAAUCUGGCAGCAACUCCCACCAACCCCAGCAUGCUGACUAGAAAUUAUGGGAGGCAGCUGUAGGGCACUUGUCUGACAAAGGCUUCUCUGUAGUAAGAUUUUAGAAAAUACAAAGGAAUACACCAGUACCUAAAUUAGUCAUUGUUUAAGUCUGUUGAGAGAAGUUCUGUCAGAGACUGUAGGGUUGGAUUUUUUUUUUUGAAGGACAAAUGUGAUACAACUUUUAUCCUACUAAGCUUUGAAUAACCUAGCAAUGCAUUCUAGAUUUUCAAGAACUUGACAGUCCAUAAUAUAUAAUUGCUAGGCUGCCUUCAAUUUGGUGGGUCACCAGUUUUUAGUGAUGCAGUUUGGGUGAUACUGUAUUAAUAGCAGACCUCAGGCCUAGAGCUGUUGUUCAGCAUCAUUUGCCCUACACCUUUGUGGUCUCACUGCUCUUCCUCUUUGCUGCCUCUGCCUACUUACCUCUCAUUGGGAGGAAGAGUAGAAAGAAAUGACCAUUUCUGCAUACCUCAUCCUUUCUAGGAGAGGAUACAAAUAGACUCCACAGAAAUAAGUAAAUGAGCAGUGAAGAGGAGAAAGAGAAGUGAGCUCAUAUGGGGCAAAAUCUGUAAUUGGCAUUGACAAUUUUUCUACACAAUUAUUAGGAGCACAUGAGCCUCGUCAAUACCAGUUAUAGAUUUUGGCCUGUUCUUGGAUAAGUUACUCCCCGAGGCGGUAGGUAGAGUGGCACUUGACUGAGCAACCUGUUCUCUACAAGUCUUCACACUGUUGCUAAAGAUACACCAACCCUUCAUUCCUUUGCAUUACCCUCCAGUAUACAUGGGAGGAUUGUUCCACUGUUGUGAUUUUGCUUAUUUUGACCUUAACUCCACAUUAGAAAAAUAUAACACAUUAAGACAGUUCCUGCAAUGUCUGUUUUUGCCCAUGUCUUUUUAAUAUUAUUAUAUUAAAUUUAAAAAAAACACACAUGGUCCCUUAUGUAAAGUAAUAUUGACAUGGUAUCAUGGAAAUAAGUGGGAGAAUUUAUAGAACUGGUUACAGUAUUUGGAAAAGUAUGUAGAGGAAGAACCAGUUAAGUUACAUCACAAAGUGAUUGUUGUGAGAAAUGCUGCUGCUAAUCAACCAAAUCAAUUUUUCUCUAUUUUGAACUGUGAUCACUUUUUCCAAUCUCAUUUUAUCAGAUAAUUGUAAAUUUCCUAAAACUGUAUAGUGCAACACCUAACUGGCCACUAGAUCCCAGUUGUGUAAGAUCACUUUGACAAGGAGAAAUCUGUAGGAUAAAUGCUCCAUAUGCAGAAAUGUGCAAUGCAUUUGAAAAUACCACAACUUUACCUUCAGCAACCUGGUUUCGUAGAUUUUUGAUUAUGGUUCAUUUAGUCAGACCUAUUUCUACUGGAUGCUCUUUAUUUUGAACAUUUUUUAUUAAGAACUCACCUAGAUAGUCCACUACUCAAAAGUUUCAAUCUCUCAAGUAACCCUCUUUCGGAAAGACUAUAUACUUUUCUUCUCAGUCUCAUUCUGUCUGUGUCAACCCUUCAAGGUAGAUCAGACUAGGAAACCAAAAUUAUGGAUGCCAAUACUAAUUUUAUUAUAAGGUUAC